CGUCGCCGGGGGCGCGCACGGGCAGGCAGGCGUGGGUGGGGUGUCAACCGCCCGGGUACUUUCCUCCCGGGGUUCGCUCCCCGGCUCGGAGAGGAGGUGCCUCAGCGUUCGGGCACCGCUCGGGCAGCCGCGGCGGGGGCAGCGGUAGAGCCAGGUGGCUCGGUCGGCGGUGUUCCUCAAACCCCGAGCCCGGCUGUUGACAGCCUCCUGGUGAAAUGGAGUUUGGCAUCCUCAACGCCCAACCAAGUGGAAGUUUCCAUGAUGAGGAAGUUCUGUGACACGAGGGUUCGGCAAAGAUCUGUGGUUUCCCUCCCAUUGGCCGUCCUGCGUGGGUGCCGAGUUCCACAUGGGAUUUCAUGGAUCGGAAGGUCAGAUGUCAGGCUUGACUUGGCUGUUGGCAGACUCGUGAUCUUUAUGGUUGUCACGUUUUGGCGUUCUGGGAAUGACCUCCUUAUUUGCGGCAGUGCUGCUGUGGUUCUUUAAGAGAGUUUUGAACUCUGAGAUGUCAGUGAAAAAAGGGGUCCAGAAUGAUUACUAACCCAUGACUCCCAACAGUAUGACAGAAAAUGGCCUUCCAGCCUGGGACAAGCCGAAGCAUUGUCCAGACAGCGAGCAGGACUGGAAGCUAGUGGGGAUGUCUGACGCCUGCCUGCAGAGGAAGACCUACCCUGAGAGGCGCAGCACGUUGAAAAAUGAACAGUCGUCACCGCACCUCAUCCAGGCCACCUGGACCAGCUCGAUACUCCAUCUGGACCACGACGAUGUGAAUGAUCAGAGUGUCCCCGGUGCCCAGACCUUCCAAACGGAAGAGAAGAAAUGUAAAGGCUACAUCCCCAGUUACUUAGACAAGGACGAGCUUUGUGUGGUGUGUGGUGACAAGGCCACUGGCUAUCACUACCGCUGCAUCACAUGCGAAGGCUGCAAGGGUUUCUUUAGAAGAACCAUUCAGAAAAAUCUCCAUCCAUCCUAUGCCUGUAAAUAUGAAGGAAAAUGUGUCAUAGACAAAGUCACCAGAAAUCAGUGCCAGGAAUGUCGCUUUAAAAAAUGCAUCUACGUUGGCAUGGCAACAGAUUUGGUCCUGGACGACAGCAAGCGCCUGGCCAAGAGGAAGCUGAUCGAGGAGAACCGGGAGAAGAGGCGGCGGGAGGAGCUGCAGCGAUCCAUCGGGCACAAGCCAGAGCCCACAGACCAGGAGUGGGAGCUCAUCAAGACCGUCACUGAGGCCCAUGUGGCCACCAACGCCCAAGGCAGCCACUGGAAACAGAAGCGGAAGUUCCUGCCAGAAGAUAUUGGACAAGCACCAAUAGUAAAUGCCCCAGAAGGUGGAAAGGUCGACUUAGAAGCCUUCAGCCAUUUUACAAAAAUCAUCACACCAGCAAUUACCAGAGUGGUGGAUUUUGCCAAAAAGUUGCCUAUGUUUUGUGAGCUGCCAUGUGAAGACCAGAUAAUCCUCCUCAAAGGCUGCUGCAUGGAAAUCAUGUCCCUUCGCGCUGCUGUGCGCUAUGACCCAGAAAGCGAGACGUUAACCUUGAACGGGGAGAUGGCAGUGACGCGGGGCCAGCUGAAGAAUGGGGGUCUUGGCGUGGUGUCAGAUGCCAUCUUCGACCUGGGCAUGUCUUUGUCUUCUUUCAACCUGGAUGACACCGAAGUUGCCCUCCUCCAGGCCGUCCUGCUGAUGUCUUCAGAUCGCCCAGGGCUUGCCUGCGUUGAGAGAAUAGAGAAAUACCAGGAUAGUUUCCUGCUGGCCUUUGAACACUAUAUCAAUUACCGAAAACACCACGUGACUCACUUUUGGCCAAAACUCCUGAUGAAGGUGACAGACCUGAGGAUGAUUGGAGCCUGCCACGCUAGCCGCUUCCUGCACAUGAAGGUGGAAUGCCCCACAGAACUCUUUCCCCCGUUGUUCUUGGAAGUGUUUGAGGAUUAGACUGACUCAUGCUCAUGAUUCCAUCAGCACUACUGGCUGUCAUUUCAUUCCAUUGCCUCGCUCCUCUUUGUUUGUUCCUUUAUUUCUUUGUGUUGGGAGGGAUUGUUUGGGGGUAAAGGGAGGAAGUCAUUGGCAUAGACAUGGAUGAAUUGCCCCUUGAAUGCGGGUAUUUGUAACUAUUGCGUUUUGUUCUCCAGUCCUUUGAUGUGAAUGCUUUGGAUGUUUUUACAGUUGUGGAGGUGGGGAGGGGACAAUCAUUCAUUCACCAGCACCAAGUCAUCACCAGCUCCCAUCUGUCCCAGUCAGAGACUCAAGCAAGCAAAAUGGCGAGGCAGAAGACUAAAGAAGACUUAUUACCAAGACAAUGUGGUCCCUUUGAUGCAAUCCUGAUUUUUGCAGGGCUGAGAUUAGCACAGCACUGACCACCUUUAGUUAAAUGAGGCUUUCACUUCCAAAGGAAAGGUCUGGACAAAUUUUUAUCUAUUCAAGAGCAUGCUGUUUUUCAGUACUCAUUACUCUCUCCUCGCAGCCUAACCUAGAAUCUACAGGAAUAUUUGUUUCCCUCAAAUUAGCUGUCCUUUCACUAUAAUUUUUAUAAUGAAAUUUCUCAUUUAAUUUCAUUAUUAAAAUUAUAUUGAUUUAAGUCUAGUUACACAUGGGCAUGACUCAAAAAUGUGCAGGUAUUUGACUGGUUGAGGCCAACAAGGAAAACAGUUGCCUUCAGUGAGCCCAAAAUCCUCACUAAUGUCAGUGAUUCAACAGUUUCCAAAAAUUCCACGUAGUGUUACCUCAUAGUCAGAAGGCUUCUUACAGUAUGGGCUCAGAGAAAAUUCUCACAAAAAUCAAACCUAUUUACAGAGUGUUGUCGCUAUUCAGUGACACCUAAGCCUGCAUCUCCCAAAUGCCUGAAGUUAUUCAACUUGAUUGCUUCUUUGCUGACCUGACAACAAAUUGCCCUGUGGAUCAAAUCUUCUCAUCAAGGAGAGAUAGCAAGCUGAAAUUUGAGUCUUGUUCUGGAGGAAUUCUGAGGAGAGAUUAUUGUGGUUAUGUUCUAAGUUGAAGGAAAUGCCGUGGUCUUAAAGCCCCCUCAGCUUCCCUCUGGUCUUAGAUCCUCAAGGUCUUUGCUCUAACACACAAGUGUUUCCAGGUCCCUUUUUCCCUCCAACUCUGAGGUGUGACUAUCACUAAACAAAGACUGGUCUGGCCACUGACCCUCUCUGUUUCUCUGAUAGCAUUGCCCUGACAGACAUUCAACAGGAAAUACCCACAGACCAUUCAUAGGAACCCUCACUCACCUUCCCUGCCCCACCCACCUCCCCAAGGACAAAUGCUGAUGUAGUGUGUGCCCAGUAACAAAUGUGCCCCUGGUUGUUUCAAUGUCAGAAAGUGGGUGAAGAAUAUACCCAUGCAGUUGAAUGUACCUCACCCUUCACUGGCAUGGCAGACAUAUACUAUUCUUCUGCCUGCCUUGUACUGCCUUAUCCUGGAAGUACUAAGGGAAAUAAGCCAUAUUGGUAAAAUUUGCCUAAAAACCAUGUGGAUUAAUUCUUUCUUAACUGGCCCAGAAGUCAUGGUCCCUGAAUUAUAGUUUGUACUGUCAACUGGUAGAUCUGUGACCUAGAGUCUUGGCUUUCUCACCUGAUGAAUAUGUCCUGAACUCUCAAAUCCUUGCCAUACUUAAUAUGGUACUAAUUUGGGCAGGGGGAAUCAGGUGUUUUUGAUGGUUUCUUUCAUAUUCAAAUUUCUAACUCAAUUAGACAGAAAUUAUGACCAUCUUAACAGUUAAGAAAAGUAGAUUUGGUAUUGAUUCCAAAUAGGAAUUUGACAUUCUACUCACCAAUUAUUUUGAGAAAGGCAGGAUGGCUUUGGGAAAGGGAGAGGAGCAGCAUCAAAAAUCCCAAGUGUGACCAGAAAUAAUCUGGGAGGAAAAUUAUUUGUUUAAUGUGCUGAGACAAUGAUACAGUCUUCUGAGGAAAGCAAACAAGAAUGAUUCUGUGAACUCGCUAAGAGAAAAAGGAAGUAGGUGAAGAGGUUAAGAUUAUGAGCAUGAAGUUCAUGGGCAGAUUACGUGCCAUGACUUUUCUACAGACAGGUUUUUGGGGUUUAUUUUCCCUAGGCAGCCUCUAGCCAGUCUCCUCAAGUCCUCACUUUGCUAACAUCUCAGUUCCCUUCGUUGGCUCUCCUUGGAGAACAAAACUGAAGCACUUAAUCACCUUCUCUGCUCCAGAGCAACUCUAAGAAGCUUUUCAGAGUGGGGCAAGUUUUCCCUCAGAAGGGAAGCAGAGGAAGGCAAGCAGAUGGGUACUGGAGGUUCAUGGACUCCUUGGGCAGCAAGGGUCCCAAGGAAGUUCUUCUCAAUUUGUUUGAAAGAGAUUCCCAGUAGAUCAGAUACCCCCAGAUUUGGUAUAAGUACAGAGCCUCAUCUAAAGCUGCAUCAGAAAGCUUCCGGGAUUAACCAUGAUUGGCCAUUGGCCAAAUGGUUGGGUAGAUUGACAGUGACCCAGCCAGCCCCAAGUAAAUAUGGCUCCUUACAUGAUUGCUUUAAACAAGCAAACCACUGACCUAAAAGUCUUGCUGAAAGCUGACUCCUUUAGGCUGAAUAGGACAAGCCUUCAAGUACUUUGAUUGAAAAGCUAUAAGAUCUGAAAGAAUCAAGACCCCUAUGAUCAAAGUGACUCAUUCCUUCUGUAACUGAUUGAGAUAUUUUGUGCAUCUCAAGACUCCAUCCCAUAAAACUCAAAUAGGAGGGAUUUGCUCUGGAUUUUUGUAAACAUUUUUUUCUUAUGUUGUCCAGACUUUCAAAUCAAAUGUGGACUGAUUGAAACUCCUCACAGUGGGGAGACAUCCCAGCAGAGGGGAACAAACCUGACAGCUGGGAUUCUUAUUUAUAAAUCACAACUUUUGGGGAUGAGUGCUGUGUGUGUGUGUGUGUGUGUGUGUGUGUGUGUGUGUGUGUAGCCUUCAAGUGUACUUUGCUCUUCAAUUAGACGUGUGGUGUUUCUAGAAAUAGUUUAAAAAAAAAAAGAUCUUUUCCUCUUUAUGAUUCUGCUCAAAACACCACGUGCCGCCUCUGAGCUUUUUCUAGUCAAAUGAGCCUCGGUCUUCAGUGACACACUUGCCGUGUUGAUGCCUCAGCCCAGUGACGCCCUGAGUGACACCUCCUCUACCUGCAGCACAGUCGUUGGGGUGGACCGCCAGGCCCGGCUCUGCUCCAGCAUCGCCUUCUCGUCGCUCUCCUGUGACCAGGUGUGAGGCCGGGCCCUUCCUCCAUACUAAGCCCCACCCCGCCCCGCCCCCCGCAGACUCAGCCUCCACGAACUGCUGACGCCCUCAAAGCAUGUCACUGUCCGUGAUACAUUUUUAUUCUAUGGAACUCUAGCCCAUUCGUGUCCUGUUGACCUUUUGCUGCAUGAGUCAUAAAAUAUGAAACUGGUCUUAUGGUUUUUGAAAUGUAGCCAGCAUUUGUAAGGCUAAACCUUUUUCAUAAACUGAAUUUAAGUGAAUAACCAAGCCACCGUUCCUCUUCAAAAGGAGUGUGCUUAAAGACAUUUGAAUCUCUCUGCCCUUUCCAAUGGCUAUGGCAUCAGGUUCUAAAAUAAGCUCGUAAUUUUUCCUGUUAUUUUAAUAAUAUGGAAAUAUUAGCAUAGUGUUUCUUUUGAUAGUGAUAGACUAUAAUCCAUAUUUAAAUUUUAUAGAGAAGAAAUUUUAUUGUACUGUGAUGUAGAUAUUUAUUAUCCAGGUAAGGAUUUGCCCGGUGUGUAUUUUUUACAAUUGAAACCUUUUACUUUAAUCUUUAAAAAAAAAAUACAUUAAAAACACAACACACACACGCAAAAAAGACUGAGGGGGGAAAAAAGGUUUGGCCUUAUCACAGAAUUUUUACUGUGCUGUACAAAUGUUUGCAAAUGCAAAAAGUGUGCAUUUCUAGUGUAUUUCUACAUUACUUAAUGCCGCCUUCAAGAGCAAUAUCGUGCAGGUAAAACGCUGUUUGUGGCUUUCUGUUGCACAGUUAAAGCUGACCCACCUUAUGCACAAGACAAUCAGAUACAAAAUCUGUCCUCCUCAGGAUGCAGAUAACACUCAUGUAAAUUAUGGAGCACAAUGCAAGACAAAGGAAGACACUUUAAUUACAUGUGUAUCACUGACAUGGAAGAUAUCAGGGCAUGAAUGAGCAGACCUUAUGCCACUUCAUUCUUUUGGUUCUUCCUAAUUGGCAUUUUCCAUUUGAUUAUAGAGCCAAAUGAGUUAUCCAGGCUUUCUUCAAAAAAAACAACUCUUUCCCCCACCAUGUUCUCAUGCCCUGAGAAUCAGAAAAGUACAACAGAGUAGGAAGAGAUUUACAGUCACCUGAAGAUUUGUGUUUUGUAAACAGUGUUAAGUGAUAUUGCUAGGUUGGUCAUAUUUUUUCAGCCUAAAACUCUAUUGAAAUCUGUGAUCAAAAUGUUUUAAACUAUCCAAAAAGAAAAUUUGUAUAUUUGGGAAAAAAAUGGAUUUUUACAUAGCUUUUGUAUGCAGAUAUUAAAUUGUAAUUAUGACUAUAGCGGGCGUAGAUAAACUCAUAAGCUACAAUUCUAAAAAAGAAAAAAAAAAGAAAAAGCUUAUAACAGA